AUGGCGGGACCAGCUGCUGAUGUCAGUACAAGUGAAGACCUCGAAAGUGGGCAGAUGAGGACUGCAACAAACGCAACUGCUACGACUGAGUUUCCGCUUGACGACGUCUAUGCAGCUCUCGCCCAUGACAAGUCGAUCCUCAAGUCUGUUGGAAGGAUUGUUUUCUCAGCGAUUUACCUCGGCUUCUUCACGUCCGUACUGUCCUCGCACAUUCCGACCGCGAGGAUGUACGAACAAACUUACGCCGUUUACUCGAUCCUUGCGACGUCGGGCAGCGAUGCAGUUACCCCGAGCUCGCCGAUCAAGUUCUUCAACAUUGGCCAGCUCAGUGACAUCUUCGACUGGCUGAACAACUCAUUCGUUCCAUCAGUGUUCGUGACUCAGGAUCAGAACGGAAACGACCUCGAUCCGGAAAACUAUGCGCGCAUCGGCCUCUUCUCCAAGGCUCUCGCAGGUGUUGUUAUCGAAGUGGUUCAAAGGGAGACCACUGAUUGCGCUCCAGAGAGCAACUACCUGUACGAUUUGUACCGUGAAUGUCAUAAAGACGAAUCCUCCCAGAAUUACUACAUCUUGUCUACAAGUCUCAAUGCGACCGAGGCAUCUGAAAUUCAGAUUCUGAAUACCUAG